AUGGUUACCAUCGAUAUCAACACAGUUCUUGAUCCUCCGAUGAAGUUGGCUGCGAAGGUGAAAGAUACUCUGAAUGCUAUGACGCCUGUCCCAUCAGAUGAGAUCAGAGACAAACAUCGUUGGUAUCAAUGUACCGUCCAAAACGCUACCCAGUUCGACAUACGUCUCGAUGAUAGCUAUUUCGAGGCUGGAAAGUACUUGGUGGCGCCUAACCCGGUGAACCCUUAUGCACAAAUGACGUUCACUGCGUAUAGCGAUCAUGUAAGGGCAUCUAGCGGCCUGUCUUUCUGGGCACAUUUGGACGAAACUCAACGAUUUCAUUUCGCCAUAGGACUUGAUGCACCGGUCACGGGAGGGUUUAGGGCUGGUGUCAUUGAAUCAAAUUCUGCAAAAAAAGGCUUGGAGAUUGCUACUAGACAAGGGAAUAGCAUAACUUCAUCAGACCGUUAUCGAGGAAAGGAUAGUGAUGACGAUGAUCGGGUGAUUGAGUUCCGCGUUGCGGCAUAUCCUGGAAUGGAGAUGAAAGUUGUCAUUACUCAGGUCAUCGUUGAUAGCAACGACCAUUGA